AUGGCAACAGAGCUUGUGCUGCUGUGCGUGCUGCUCGGGGUGGCGGCGGUGGCGGUGGCGGUGGUGGCGGUGGUGCUGUGCCUCCGGGCGCGACGCGGACAGACGUACGGCGUGCUCGGCGGGCGCGGCGGGUGCGGGUACACGCCGCCGUCGUUCACGGCGGCACCUGGCGGGCGGCCGAGCAGCGUGGACAAGGACGACUUUGCGCUGCUGCAGAUGCUCGGCAAGGGCGCGUUUGCCAAGGUCUACCUGGUCCGAUUGGAGGCGACGGGCGAAGUGUUUGCCAUGAAGGUGCUGUCGAAGAAAGACAUUGUCGAGCGCGACGAGGUGGAGCACACGCUCGGCGAGCGCAACAUCCUGCUCAAGGUCGACCAUCCGUUCAUCGUCCGCAUGUACUACGCCUUCCAGUCGCCAUCCAAGCUCUUCUUUGUCCUCGAGUACGUGCCUGGCGGCGAGCUUUUCACGCUCCUGCAGCGCAAGCGCCGGCUGCCUGAGGAGCAGGUCCGGCUGUACGCGGCCGAGAUGGUGCUCGCGCUGGAGCAUCUGCACUCGCUCGGGAUCAUCUACCGCGACCUCAAGCCCGAAAACGUGUUGCUUGACAAGGACGGACACAUCCGCCUGGCAGACUUUGGCCUCUCCAAGGAGGAGACGGACCCGACCGGCCGGACUGGGACGCUGUGCGGGACACCCGAGUACCUCGCGCCCGAGGUCCUUCGAGGGCGCAAGUACAACCGGGCGGUCGACUGGUGGUCGUUUGGCACGCUUGUCUACGAGAUGUUCCUCGGCCUUCCGCCGUUCUACGAGGCCGUUGACAAGACGCGGAUGUUCAAGCGCAUCAUGCGUGGCAAGCUGGUCAUUCCCGACAAGCUGCGGUCGCGCCCGGCUCGCGAUCUCAUCGCCAAGCUCCUGGUGGUUGAGCCGGAGGAGCGGCUUGGCAGCGGGCCGACUGACGCAGCGCCGAUCCGAGCUCAUCCCUUCUUUGCCGACCUUGACUUUGGCGCCGUGUACAACAAGGCGUACACCCCGGUGCACGUCCCACGACUCGCUACCGAGCUCGACGUCUCGCACUUUGACCAACACGAUCCACAGACGUCGGCGUACACGCCGUCGGCCGGCGGGCCGUCACUCCUGGCCACUGUUGACCAGGACGUGUUUGCCGGCUUUACCUACACCGACGCGUCGCACCUUGGCGGCGGCGACGAUGGUGCGGGCGGCGGCGCGAUGGAGGCUGCCGUUAGCUCGGCUUCUGCUUCGGCAUCGCGAUCGGGAUCGCGCAGUAGUUGA